UCUCACUGUCUGUCCAGCACUGCUCACGCUGCAGACACGACACGCAAUGGAACAGAGCUCAUCCUCAUCGGUGUGAGACUGGGGGGGUGGGGGACUUGUGAUUAUAAACUGUCGAUGCCGCUGCAGCGCAUCAAAUGCUCUGUGGACUCUUGUUAGUCACUUAGCGAUCUGAACUCUGUGAAGGUUUGUGUUUCUCUGAGCACCGGACGUUAAAAAAGGAAAAAUAACUGGAGCUGCGGGAUUCGAUUUGUGCGCCAAGAUGCUCGGGAUAACCCAGCGUUUCACUUUGACAGCUGUGGCAUUUGUUGUGCUGGUUGUGCGCACAUGGUCCUUCAACGUGGACCAGAAGAACGGCCUGUCAUUCAGCGGUCCACUGGAGGACAUGUUUGGCUACACCGUGCAGCAGUUCGAGAACAGCGAGGGAAAAUGGGUUCUGAUUGGUUCACCGCUAUCUGGCCAACCAGCGAAACGAACCGGAGAUGUCUACAAAUGUCCUGUGGGGAGGGGGGACAACACGUGUGUCAAACUGGAGCUGCCUAGAAACACAACAGUUCCCAACUUACACGAAGUGAAGGAGAACAUGACCAUGGGAACCACACUUGUGACCAAUCCCAGUGGAGGAUUUCUGGCGUGUGGUCCUCAGUAUGGCUACAUGUGCGGGCAGCAGCAGUACAUCUCAGGAGUUUGUGCCAAUGUCAGCUCUUCCUUCCAGAUCCUCAACUCCGUGGCGCCGGGUGUCCAAGAGUGUGCAAAGGAGCUGGAUAUCGUGAUGGUUCUGGACGGAUCGAACAGUAUCUACCCCUGGGAGAGCAUCAUCAAGUUUUUGGAUGGCUUCAUCAAGAAUAUUGUGAUUGGCCCUAAACUCUCUCAGGUGGGUAUAGUGUCCUACGGUGAGACCGUGACUCACAACGUCAAUCUGAGUCAGUUUACCAACACACCUGAUCUGCUGGCGUUUGUCAAAGAUCUGCCUCAGCAGACCGGCUUCAAGACCAUGACCUUCCUGGGCAUUGAUACGGCCAGGAAAGAGGCCUUCAUGCCAGAGCGAGGCGCGCGACCUGGCGUGAAGAAAGUCAUGGUGAUUGUCACCGAUGGAGAGUCACAUGACUUCCAUAACCUUCAGACGGUCAUCAAAGACUGCGACGACGAUGGCAUUGAGCGCUUUGGCAUCGCUGUUUUGGGAGACUAUAAUCGGCAGAACAAGAGUGCAGAGCAGAUGCAGAAGUUCAUCAACGAGAUCGAGUCCAUCUCCAGUCAGCCACUGAAAGACCACUUCUUCAACGUGUCUGAUGAGUGGGCUCUGUUGACCAUCGUCGACGCUCUGGGCAGCAAGAUCUUUGCCUUGGAAGCCACAAAGGGAAACUUUACUACCUCGUUUGAGAUGGAGAUGUCCCAAACUGGGUUCAGUGCACAUACAUCCAAAGACAGCGUGUUACUGGGAGCGGUGGGUGCGUACGAUUGGAACGGGAAUGUGGUGAUGAUAAAUGCAGGAGAAUCCAUCAAUCCAGGGAAGAACCAGUUUUACGACUCCAAGACUGAGGCUGGAUACGAACGGCUGGCUGGAUACCUUGGUUAUGAUGUUCAGAUUGCAUCCACCCCAGGCGGAGUGCUGUACGUCGCUGGUGCACCACGGUACAACCACACGGGCCGAGUUGUUAUCUAUCGUCUGAGUGAGACCAACGACAUUGUCGUCACGCAGAUUUUAAAGGGAGAGCAAAUUGGCUCCUACUUCGGCAGUGUCCUGCAGACUGUCGACGUGGACGGUGACUCCUACACAGAUCUCCUCUUGGUCGGCGCUCCAAUGUACAUGGGCUCAGAGCGGGACGAGCAGGGACAAGUCUAUGUUUAUAAAGCUGAGGGCGACAACUUUAAGCAUGAGUUCACUUUAAAGCCGGUCAACCAGUCCUGCUGCACUGCCCAGUCAGACAGCUGCACUCAUAAAAAUGAACCAUGCGGCGCCCGGUUUGGUACGGCCAUUGCAGCAGUGUCAGACCUCAACCUGGACGGAUAUAACGACGUGGCCGUCGGGGCACCAUUUGAGAACGACCACAGAGGAGCCGUCUACAUCUAUCACGGAGAUAAGACGUCCCUGAAGGAAAAGUUUGUGCAGCGGAUCCCUGCAGGUGGGGACGGUGAAAAGGUGAAAUUCUUCGGUCAGUCCAUACAUGGAGUCAUGGAUCUGAAUGGAGAUGGAAUCACCGAUGUUACCAUCGGAGGCCUGGGCGGGGCUUCUCUGUUCUGGUCCAGAGAUGUCGCGGAGCUCCGUGCCAACAUGACGUUUGAUCCCGUUAAAAUAAACCUGCAGAAGUCUCAGUACCACUGUGAACAUGGUGGACGCAAAUCUGUGUGCGUCAAAGCCGAGGUCUGCUUCGUCUACAGCGUCAAAUCGGACAACAAGCACUUGAGCUCUGCUGCAGAGAUCCGUUACAUUCUCACUCUGGAUGCCCUGCGUGCCAAAGCCAGGGCGGCAUUCAUCGCCGUGGACGAUAAAAAUGAUCGCAGGAUUACCAGAAGCUUUGCCAUCAACGACCGAGAAAGAAAGUGCAUCCAGGAGACCUUCAUGAUGUCGGCUCGCCUGGAUUUCCGCGACCCGCUCAUGGUGUCUCUGGAGUUUGGACUUGCCGAUGAAGACGAAGGCCCCGUCCUGGAUGAAAGCCUUCCAAGAUCCAUUAAUAAGACCAUUCCCUUAGUGGACUGUGGGAGUGAUCAGAGGUGCAUCGCCGACCUCUCCCUCAAAGCAGAGCCCAGUGUAAAAAGCAUGGUGAUCAGAGCAAACAUUGACAAGUUCGAUGUCAACGUCAACAUCGGAAACAGCAAAGACAACGCGUACAACACCAAGAUCGUCCUCAGCUUCACAUCGAACAUCAACUACGUUAAAGUCGAGCCGGAGAGAGAAUGCACUCUGAAUCACACUAAAGUGGAGUGUGCUGUCGGUUACCCGUUCCUGGGCAGCAAUGUCGAGGAAAUGUUCAAAGUGAAAUUUGAAGUGAAUCCCGCACAUGUUCAGGAACUCAUUCAGAUCAACGUCACAGCCACAAGUGACAGCGAGGAGCUGCCUUCUACGCUGAGUGACAACUCAGUACAAAUCUUCAUCCCUGUCAAGUAUGAAGCUGGGUUCAUAUUCUCAGUACGGCCUGUGGAUGAGCACAUUGUGGUAAAAGAGGGCGAACAGUAUUCUAGAGUGUUCAAUGACACCAAGAUGAUCGGAGAGGAGGUCAACAUCAGCUACACGGUGGAGAGGGCAGGUGAUGUCGUGGCUCCACCCCUUGACCUUACGGUGACAUACCCUCACCUGUCUCCCCGACAAAACAACUUACUCUACCUCACACAUGUCGCCACCAGCCCAGAGGUGAAAUGUGAUGCAGCGCGCUGGAUUAACCCUGAAAAAAUUAACCCAAACAUUGUAAAGCCUGAUCCAAAGAAAGAAUCGCUCAGUGUCUUCCUGUUGACCUGUUCCGAGGAGCUUUACUGUGCGUCGUUUACCUGCUCCAUCCCCGAGGUAAAGAUCAGUCAGGUCAACGUCACGUUCAGAGUGUGGAAACCUACAUUUAUCAAGGGUGAGUUUUCCAGUCUGCACAUGUUGGUGAAUGGUACUCUGGAGAUCAAAGACACAAAGCUGUUUCAACUGAACACCAAUGACAAGACCAGAACUGUAAAGAUCCAGGUAUCAAAGGAAACUUUAGGAGGGAUUCCUAUAUGGGUCAUCAUUAUCAGCAUCCUGAUAGGACUUCUGAUCUUAGCGCUCGUCAUCUUCGCUCUUUGGAAGAUGGGCUUCUUCAAGAGAAAAUCCAGGGACGACUACACAAAGGACGAAGUAAUGGACUGAGGUAUCCAGACAUCUGUGUGAGCAACUGCUCCCAGAGCCAUCAGCUUGCACGACAAAGUGAGAGAAGAGGCGUUAAAAAACCCACAGUAUCCUCAGUAAUGCAACACAGUGACAGCCUGGGAAACACAAGCAGCAUCCGCUGUGUCCUGUCCUUCAUAUGGUUUAAUAAUGUUUGCAAAUACUUCCAAACUCAAGCACUCGGUUACAACUUUGGGGCAUUUCAGAUGGUCAAAGAAAAUCCUCAACCAUGCAAUACAGUUGCUCAGAGGUAUUUGCAAACAUUCUUCUUGGUCAGCUUCUUGCUUCAAACCUCCAUGCAGAAGGAAGACAUCACUUACCGGGCACAAUUUGGCAACAUGGCAAAUAUCAAGACUGCAGCUUUACAAAAGACUCAGAGCUAAAACAGCUGUGCUCCAGCUUUAGAGGGAAAAAAAAACUACUCAGGUUUUUCAGUGUGAAGAUCCAAAGUGGCCUAAAGUCACCUCACCUCAGUCCAUAUCACGAUAGAGAAGACUUUUAUGUGAAGUUUGUAUGUGUUGCUGUUGUCUGGGGCACGGACACUCCUGUGUUGAAGCUUAUGUGUUUGAUGAACACUGUACCUUUUAACGUUUAAUAGCAUUUUUUUAUAUGUUGGUUUUAGCGAUAUCACACGGCACAUUCUUGAGCAUUGAUUUCCAAAGAACACUGACCUGAACAAAAGCGAUCACCAAACGAAGCUGGAUGCUUUUCUUUGUUAUACUUUCGGUCUUUCGGUUAACCAGUUAAAAAUUUUGUAAUUAGUUGAGAAUACAUGAAGCUGUGCCUUCAGCAUCCAAAACCCUUGAUUGUACUGUAAAUAUGGCUAAGUGCUCCAAAAUGUAAACUUAAUAUGUACAUAAUUGUGUUUGCUUUAAGUCAUGUAAUUUAAGAUAUGUUAUCCACACGGCUUCUCGCAUCGGCGUGUGACCAGUGGUCAGAACAUGAUUUUGCUCAGGUGCUACAAGUAUCAUGGAAGAUGGCGUACAAGUAUUUUGACGUAUAGGAAAAAAGAAAAAAGAAAAAGAUCAGACCUACGGUAUAUUUCACAAUUUCAAAGCUGAUGCAAAUAUGUAAAUAUUGUUCUAUUUUGAUGAGAAAGUGAAAGAGUAAUUAUUAUGUUCAUGGAAAUUCACAUGAAGAUGAGGGUUUGUAUCCACUACUUUGGCUUUAGGUCUGUUGAAUGACUGUUUCUUGAAGGCAGAGGCUUUAUCAUUUCUUUUUGUUUUUUUGAUGGAAGCAUUCUUUUCACCAGCAGGUUUCUAUCAAGUGGGAUUUGCUGCUAAAUUGUUUGCAUUGUAGAGAAGCUACAGCAGGACACAUAAAAACAUUAGUUUGUUGUCAUCCCAAAAUGCAGUACACCGUACCUUACAAAGUUAUGCCUUAAGAUCUUGUUUUGUUGUUGUUGUUUCAGAAGUUGCAGAUGCAGCAGUUGAAGGAGAUUGUAUGGUAUGUUUGUUGAGACUGAGAUUCUGCUGUUUUCUUUACUUUUCCCCCCCUCACUGUCAUUCAAUAAAGCUGGCAGUGGGGGGGGGCUAGAAAAAAAAGUGCUCACUCUUCACUGUUGACACAAAGCACAUGUAAUUGUCUGUACAGAAUGUGUAACAUUUUAAGACUAUACAUCAGGCUUAUGCAUGAGGGUGGAGUCCUGAGUCUUUCUUUGUCCACUUGCGUAGACAGAACGUAGUCGGGGGUAACCGUGUCUAUUGGCAUUAUCCUCGGUUAUAUUAGGAGAAAAUACUCAAAGUGAGAGCAAGGCACAAAGUAAGAGUUGCGAGUACCUCCCCGGCCUUCUACACUGCUGUGAAGUCGUCAUUUUAAUGCACUGGUUUGUCAGACUGAUUGCAUCCCCAUCAGCACAAAUGAAAUGAAUAUUAUGUACGAAAAUAAAGACUUUUUUAUGAUA